AAUCAAGUUUGUGCCCUUUCUUCUUGAACUAAACUUUGACAGACUGAGAACAAUUCCUUUAAAUGGGAUAGGCAAAUCUAAAGCUGUAAACGUAUGAUGAUUCAUGAUAUAGGUUACUAGCCGUAGGGUAGAUCAAGAUCAACAAUACUCUCCCACCCUUGAUAUUCUACUUUUCUUGCCUCCCAUGGAAAGAAUCCGAAUUUGAAAAGAAAAGGAUUUGAAAGAGAAAACUAAAGAAAAACUUGUAAACAAAAGAAGCUUUUAACCCAUUAAUCACAGCUAAUCUCUCUCGUGUUUGUUACUAAUCUCCACGUCUAUUCAUACCUCGCCUUACUUUAUUCUUAUUCUCGUCUUCAUGUUGGGCUCAUAGAGGUUUCCCUAUAAAGAGAGGAGCUUCAUACAAGAUUUCUCCUGCCUUUUUUUUCCUCUUAACUAUCUUCAUCCGUUCUUCAUCUGAAUAUAGCCAUGUCGAAAAACACUGCCUUUUUAGUUUGUCUGUUGAUCUUGGCUCUGGACAUUGCUGCUGGGGUUCUUGGCAUAGAAGCCGAAGUAGCUCAGAACAAGGUGAACCAUUUGAGGCUAUGGAUAUUUGAGUGUAGAACCCCUAGUAUGAAAGCUUUCCAGUUAGGAUUGGCUGCAGCUGUACUUCUUGUCCUUGCCCAUGCCAUUGCUAACCUGCUUGGUGGGUGCAUUUUCUUUUGGUCCAAGGACAAAUUAGAGCAGGCCACCCCUAAGAAGCAAUUAGCCUUUGCGUCUCUCAUCUUCUCAUGGAUGAUGUUGGCAGUUGGGUUCUUGAUGCUGAUCAUGGGGGCACUGGCAAACUCAAAAUCAGGCAAAUCAUGCAGCAUUGCCCACCAUCGCCUUCUCUCAAUUGGAGGCAUUGUGUGUUUUCUUCAUGGACUCUUCAGUAUUGCCUACUACAUUUCUGCCACCGACACAACACAAAAAGAGCAACAUGCUCCCCCAAGAGGUCAAGCUUGAUUUAAGCACAGAACAUUUGGAUCGGAUUCAUGCAUUAAAGAAUUUAUCAUCUUUGUGGGUAAAAAUGAAAAUUUUACAGCACAGAUUAUAUGUUGUAAUUUGCUUUACAAAUUUAUUAAGAUACUAUUAAUGAAACUAUUUUUAUAUG